AUGGAGAGAUCCAGUCUGAUCCAGAAGGCUAAGUUGGCCGAACAGGCCGAACGCUAUGAGGACAUGGCAGCUUUCAUGAAGAGCGCUGUGGAAAAGGGCGAGGAGCUCUCCUGCGAGGAGCGAAACCUGCUUUCCGUAGCCUACAAGAACGUGGUGGGCGGCCAGAGAGCGGCCUGGAGGGUCCUGUCCAGCAUCGAGCAGAAGAGCAAUGAGGAGGGGUCAGAAGAGAAGGGCCCCGAGGUGAAAGAGUACCGGGAGAAGGUAGAGACCGAGCUCAGAGGUGUGUGCGACACCAUGCUCGGCCUGCUGGACUCGCACCUCAUCAAAGGGGCUGGAGAUGUAGAGAGCCGUGUCUUCUACCUGAAGAUGAAGGGUGACUACUACCGCUACCUAGCCGAGGUGGCCACUGGCGAUGACAAGAAGCGCAUCAUCGAUUCUGCCCGGUCAGCCUACCAGGAGACCAUGGACAUCAGCAAGAAGGAGAUGCCGCCCACCAACCCCAUCCGCCUGGGCCUGGCCCUGAACUUUUCAGUCUUCCAUUACGAGAUAGCCAACAGCCCCGAGGAGGCCAUCUCGCUGGCCAAGACCACCUUCGACGAGGCCAUGGCCGACCUGCACACCCUCAGUGAGGACUCCUACAAGGACAGCACCCUGAUCAUGCAGCUCCUGAGAGACAACCUGACGCUGUGGACAGCCGACAGUGCUGGGGAAGAGGGUGGUGAGGCUCCGGAGGAGCCCCAGAGCUGAAGCAGCCAAAACCGCCCCGGCCCGCCUUGCCCUCCAGUCCCCAGCCUGCAGAGAGGACUAAAACGGAGUGGGACUCUGCCCUUCCCAAACCCUGAAUGUUCAGCCACACCUUGGAAGGCUCCUUCGAAGGGGGCGCAGCCAAGCUGAAGCCACCA